UUUCCCCCAACAGCUGGCUUCGCAAAGUGGGAUUCCUUCCUCGAAGUUUCCCCACCAUGAUCUCGCCGUCCCUGCUCUUCCUUUUACUUUUCCUAACACCCCUGGAGGGUGGGAGCCACCCAGCAGAAGACGAUAAUUUAUUGGUCUUCACGGUGGCUACCAAGGAGACCGAAGGCUUCAAACGCUUCAGAAGUUCAGCCCAGGUUUUUAACUAUAACCUCAAGGUUCUGGGACUAGGAGAAGAAUGGCCUGAGCGAGAGGACCAGAGGACAGCAGGUGGACAGAAGGUCCGUCUUUUGAAAUCGGCUUUGGAAGCCUACGCAGAUAAAGAAGAUUUGGUGAUCCUUUUCACCGAGAGCUACGACGUCAUCUUUGCUUCGGGACCUGCAGAAGUCCUGAAAAAGUUCAAGCAGGCCAAGUCAAAAGUUGUCUUCUCAUCCGAGACCCUCAUCUAUCCGGACCGGAGGUUGGAGGCCAAGUACCCGGUGGUCCAAGAAGGGAAAAGAUUCCUGGGAUCUGGAGGAUUCAUCGGUUAUGCUCCGUAUCUCAACCAGCUUGUGGCCGACUGGCAAGGCCUGGACAGUGAGAGCGACCAGAUGUUUUAUACCAAAGCGUUCCUGGACCCUGAAAAGCGGAAGACCCUCAACAUCACUUUGGAUCAUAGGUGUCGGAUCUUCCAAAAUCUUAACGGCGCUCUAGACGAAGUGGCUCUCAAAUUCGAAAACGGCCAGGUGAGAGUGCGGAAUCUGGCGUUUGAUACCCUUCCUGUUGUGAUUCAUGGAAACGGACCCACCAAGGAAGACUCGCUCCCUCUGACCGUGGUCGGCGUCUUUAUUGAGCAGCCCACCCCUUUCCUCGACCAGUUCUUCAGAAGGCUCCAGCUUCUUCGCUACCCGAAAAAGAAAAUCCACCUGUUCAUCCACAAUCACGUUUGUGAUUGCCCCUCUCGUGAGCCGCAUUGGGAAGCUGUGGUCGAACUUCUGGGGGGCCUUGAGUCCUGAGGGCUAUUAUGCCCGCUCAGAGGAUUAUAGGGAGAUUGUCCAGAGACGGAGGAUUGGCCUCUGGAACGUCCCGUACAUUUCUAGUGUCUACCUGAUCAAGGGCAGCGUCCUGAGGUCGCAACUCGCCCAGCUGGACCUUUUCCGCAGUGGCAGACAAGACGCCGACAUGGCUCUGUGCCAUAACAUUCACGAGCAGGGGGUGUUCAUGUUUUUGACAAACCAGCAGUUGUUCGGGCACAUCCUGUCCUUGGAGAAUUAUCAGACGAGCCACCUGCAUAACGAUCUCUGGCAAAUCUUCAGCAACCCAGAGGACUGGAAGGAGAAAUACAUUCACCCAAACUACACAGACGCCUUAAAAGGGAAAUUGGUAGAAACGCCCUGCCCAGAUGUCUAUUGGUUUCCCCUCUUCACUGACACGGCCUGCGACGAGCUGGUUGAAGAGAUGGAGCACUUUGGCCAGUGGUCCAGGGGAGACAACAAGGGCGGGGGCUGUCGCUUCAUCCGUUACAACUGCUCCAUCCAAGCCCCCCGGAAGGGCUGGACCCUCCUGCACCCGGGCCGCCUGACGCACUACCACGAGGGCCUCCCCACCACCAAAGGAACCCGCUACAUCGCCGUCUCCUUCCUCGAUCCCUAGAGCCGCCACCAGGAAGAAAAAACCUGGGGGUGGGGGUGGGAAUUCUAUUUUUUUUCAACCCAUUUCACCCCCCCUCCCCCAUUAGCUGCACACACCCCUCCCCCAGGAAGGAGCGGGGGGGGAGGCGGACUUCCAGAACAGAUCAUUUGAUUGGACACCGCCUGGUUGCAAGAGAGAUUGUCUAGAUUCAAUAGGAUCCCUUCAGAGAGUCUAGUCCCAGAGGAUUCUGCCGCCAGCCUGGCCCCCUGCUUUCCACCAGGUUAAAGCGCCUGCCUGCUUUCUCCCUGCCUCCUCGUGGGGAGAAUACCUCAGUUUCCACAUUUUUCCUCCCAAUGGAAGUGGCCAAGGCGUGUCAGAAUCACGUGUUGCCUGGAUUUUUUACGCGGCACACGGGGUUGAUCGCUACAAAAGACUUGGAAAUAGGAUCCCAGCUCCCCAAACACGACAAACCCCUCUGAACUCAAAGAUUCCUUUAUUAGACGUGCCGGCAGCCCCAGCAAAAUGUUCCUCUCUCAACACAGGCUAACAAGGAGAUGAAUAUUUGUCUGCCACAUUUAUUCAUCUUCACCCCCUGCCUUUUAUCCCCAGGGCUAGGGUGGGGUUUUUCUAGCAGCUGUGGCUCUUCCGUCCCGAGGACCGGCCCAUAGAUUUCCACUGCUCUCCUCUCUUCUGCCUUUUAUCCCCA